UAUGGCAACACUGCAUGUUCGUGUUGACCAUCGACUUACUAUUCUUGACAUAUUGACGUCAUUAAUGUCACUAUCAACAUGACCAUGAUUGCAAGGAACUAUCAUCAGCUGAUUGAGCUGAUUUAAAAUUCAAAAUCAAAAUUCCUAUAAAUUGGUGUUAUUACACCAUACUCAUACUAUUAGUCGUUAAUGUCUUUAGUUGUUAGUCCAUUGGAAUCUAUGAGUUUAGACACUGAUGUCUGAAUAUGGUGCAGUCUAAAAAAAUAAUCACUGAUUUUUUGUGCCCACCUGUUGCCCCUCACUUUUUGUAAUGAAAAUUAGUUGAUUUAUGUUGAGAUCUCUCAAAUGGUUUAUUUUAAGUCUAUCAAAAUGUUUCAGUUGAACAGGACCAUGUCCAUAGCCACAAAGUGUGUUCAAAACUUUAAGGCUUCUUAUUUUUGUACAAGAUGUUUAUCCACUGCACGUACCAUUGAUCCUGAUGAUAUUAUUGCUAAAGAUGUAGAUGAUAAAGGAGUUGUAACAUUGAAUAGACCAAAAUCAUUGAAUGCUAUCACCUAUUCUAUGAUAACGAAAUUGCAUAAAAUUUUGAAAGAUUGGGAAUCUAAAAAAACACUGGUAUUGAUCAAAGGAGCUGGUGAAAGAGCAUUUUGCUCUGGUGGUGAUGUUCCAGUCCUAGCUAAAGCAGAAUUGAGUGGAGAUAAAUUUGGACAAGAAUUUUUCAAGUAUGUUUUCAGAACAAAUGGAUUGAUAGGAUCAUACAGGAUUCCUUAUAUAUCUUUCAUUGAUGGAAUAGUAAUGGGUGGUGGUGCUGGUCUAUCUGUACAUGGCCACUACAGGGUUGCUACUGAAAGAACUCUCUUUGCAAUGCCUGAAACUCAAAUUGGAUUUUUCACAGAUGUGGGCGGCUCUCAUUUCUUGCCCAGGCUGAGAGGAAAAUUGGGAUACUACUUGGCUCUGACCGGACAUAGAUUGAAGGGAUCAGACGUCCUCCGUGCUGGUAUAGCUACCCACCUUUGCAGAAGUAGCGAUCUGAACGAUUUGGAGCAGGCUUUGAUGAAAUGCUCCAACCAUGAGGAUAUACAGAAAACGUUGGACCAGUUUGCCGAGAAAGAUGUACCGGCAUUUUCUCUGGAUCCUUUCUUGGUUAAGAUCGACGAUUAUUUCUCCUCGGCUACUAUGGAAGAGAUAACAGCGAAAUUAACUGAAGAUGGAUCAGAAUGGGCUAACGAAACCAUCAAGAGUUUGAAUAGGAUGUCCCCGACUAGUCUAAAAGUGGUGCUCAGGCAGCUCAAGAUGGGCGAGAGUAUGAAUUUGAAGGAUUGCCUGGAUAUGGAGUACAUCCUGGUUUUGAAUUUCUUGAACAACAGAAAAGAUUUUUACGAAGGUGUCAGAGCAUUUUUGGUAGACAAAGAUAAGAAACCAAAGUGGGAUCCCCCUACAUUACCGCAAGUGUCUGAAGAUAUAGUAGAUUUUCAUUUUGCAAAAGUGCCUAAUGUAGAUUCGAUAUUCAAAAAUUAACCGUGAUAAUGUUUGUAUUUUGAAUAUAUUUUCAUUGCUGUAAUAUUCUGAAAAUAUAUUCAUCUUAUUGUAUGG